AUGAUUCGAAACAAGGAUCGUCUAUACGUCGCUCUCUACGCUCGGCGCGGAAAGUCUGAAACGUCAGGAAAGAAAGACGCAUACCACUGGGGCUUAGUUAUUGGGCCUAAGACCGAAAAGAAUCCAAGCAAAAGCGGGAUACGCUUUGAUGCGAUAGAGAAAUUGACAACGAAGGGACCAGUCUGGCAGCUUGUAGAGGAGACCACUUCACUGCUACCAGGAACUACUAUGGUUCUUAUCCGAGUCAUGAUUGGUAAAAUCAUAGACAAGGAACGGCUUCUUUCCGUUCUUCGGAAUACUCCUGUUCCCGCAUACGAGCCCAGGCCUGCCCAUGAUAUCUAUAAUUGUUUUACAUGGGUAGAAGAGACGCUGGGAUCAAUUCAACGUGAUGGAAAAGCAAUGGGGUCUUCGGUGCUUGACUGGGAUUCUGUUCGUGAGACUGCCCUGUGGUAUGUCAAGUAUCAUGUCGCGAAAAUGAAGCUAGACCGCCGAACUGAAAGAGAUGGCGGUUACAAUAUAAACACCGUUGCAUCGUGGGAUCUGAUCGCCGGAAAAGAGUUUCCUACCUGA